AAGCCGAGUCAUCCAUAAAUGCGAUUACAUUUCUGCUCUGCUCAUCGUUGGUGCUGGAAUACUGGUGCUCAAGCCGUGACUGACAUCACGGAUAUUAUGUGGACAUUCUCAGUUUUGGCAUAAGUGAAGAUUUUCAGUUGGCAGUUGAUAUAACUCCGUGACAAUGGCAACUAUCAAGAAGGCACUGAGCUGUCGGAGCACCACUUACCCGCUGAAAGACAGCACCAAAAUCAAAGCCAGAUUCUCGUUAAGGAGGAUGAAAAGCUUCGAUUGCAGUUUUGAAGAGUCAGCCCUGAGGGAGGAGCGAAGGAUGAGGGACGUGUCGGCAGAGGGCCGACUUCGAGCGGAAUACUUUCAGUACACGAACUCCCCCACAAGCGCCUUUGCGCCCGCACAGAAGAUCUUAAGGUUCUCCGACGAGUGCUGGUGUGGCCCAGCGGUCGAGCCGGACUGCGUCUCACCAACCAAGUCCAAACACAGGAUUCUCUCGAGGACCAACGCUUCUGGUAACGCGGAAAAGCUGGUCGACUGGCAACGGCAUUUUCCCGAGCGCCGGAGUCUGAGUCCCUCGAGCAGUCAGGAGUCCUGCCACAGACACAGUCGCGCCUCGGAGAAGAGCUGCUGCAGAAACGCUUCCAUUAUGGAACGCCGAAGGCAGUUUUGUUCCUCCGUCAGCCUUCCGCCAUCUACAAAACUACCAUCUGAGCCAGGAUCAUCCACCACCUCCGUCAACAGCACCACGGCGCACGCGCCAGUGUCAACAGAGGGACGCAGGCGGCGGUCGCAGUUCCGGAAGGCAUGGUCGCUCUUCUCUCUCACCUGCGGCAAGGAAACUCCCCGUCGGGAGAAGUCGCCUCAGCAGAGGAUCCUUCGGCCCCCGACCCGACACGAGUACCGACGGGGCCUCUCGGGGCUGCCCAUCCAGUGUUCCACCAACAAGCUUGGUCUUGCUUAUUGAUUCCAUGUAUUAUUUUUGCUCUUUCUUCCUUGAUAAUGGACUAAAAAUUAAGUUGAUUAAUAUCAUGCUUUCGUCAUUGUGGUGUGAUAUGAAGAACCAUUGUUUCAGAGGAGCAACUCCUCUCCCGAACACUUACUCCUGUGAAUGAAACACUCCUGUGGAAGAAUCUCUUCUGUGCAAGGUUUCACUCAUGAAGAAGAGACAUUCCUGUGGAAACGAGCAAUCUCAUGGAAGAUGCACUCCAGUGGAUGGAGCGCACCUUUUCCACUCGUGUUGAAAGGUACUCUUUGUGUAAGUAGCACUCCGGUAAAAGAAGCACUCGCGUGGAUGAAGCACUCCCGUUGAAGAAGCACUCCCGUUGAAGAAGCACUCCCGUUGAAGAAGCACUCCCGUUGAAGAAGCACUCCUGUGAGAAGAUUAUUCCUGUAUAAGAAACACUCCUGACGAAGAAGCAAUCCUUUGGAUGAAGUAAUCCUGUGGAAAAAGCACACUCCUGAGAGAGAAGCACUCCUGUCUAAGACUCACUGUUGCUCAAGUUGGAUAACAAGGUUGUCAAAACAUUUGGUAAACUGAAAGGCAAGAGAAUUUUCUCAUCAAAAAAGUGUGACACAUAUACCGGUCAACGAUGUUACUCCGCUCCUUAAGUCACUGUGUUGCUCAGUUCACAGUCGUCUCUGUGUGUUGCACAGUUCACAGUUACCUCUAUGUGUGUUGCACAGUUCACAGUUACCUGUAUGCUGCUCAGUUCAAGCUUAAACUCUGUGAGUAAAGCCUCGUGGAGGAGGUAUAUUGAUAUGAAUAAUCUGAUAUAUAUAUAUAUA